GUUCCUUUCCUCCAAGUCACAGAAACUGGAAAAAAAGUUAAAAAACGAAACACCACAGAAACCCUCCGCCAAUCACAAUUAAAGUGUCUAUAUUAAUUUUACCCCACCAUGCUUAAGAAUUUAAUAAAAAGUAAUAAAAAUUUCAAGAAAUAAAAAACGCGGAAUUGGAUUUGUAUAAAACGUGCAACACCUUUUGGAGAGACAUAUCAAGAUUUGAACUUUCAUCAUCUGCACCAUACGACUCAUCGUUGCCUCCUGACUAUUCCUUCAUGUCGAUUUCUGGAAUUCAAGGCCAGCUUCUUGAAGUCACUGUUGUUGGUUGUAACAAAUUGAGAGAUACGGAAUGGAUUUCUCGGCAGGACCCAUAUGUCUGUCUUGAAUAUGCCCACAACAAGCACCGCACCAGAACAUGCACAGAUGGUGGUAAAAAUCCCACAUUCCAAGAGAAGUUCGUGUUUCCGCUGAUUGAAGGUCUUAGGGAACUCAAUGUUCUGGUCUGGAAUAGCAAUAGUGUCACAUUGGACGACUUCAUUGGCGAGGGAAAGGUUCAACUUCAGAAGGUUCUUACUCAGGGUUAUGACGACAGCACAUGGCAGCUUCAGACUAAACAUGGCCGAUAUGGAGGAGAAGUGCGGCUCAUAAUGCAUUAUUCGAAGACCAAUAAACCAGCAUCAAGCUAUGCUCCAUCUGCACCACCAUAUGGAGCACCACAUGCAUCACAAGCUUAUCUAUAUUCAACCCCCCCACCUGCAGGUCAUUAUGCACCACCGGCGCCUGGACCUUACCCACCAGCGCCAGCAGGGUACCCAGCUCCAUCUCCCUAUCCUUCGUACUCGCCUAAUUCAGCAGGGUAUCCACCAUCUGCAUAUGGUCCCCCUCCGCCGGCGUAUGGCCAUACUCCGUCUGCCUAUCCUCCCCCACCAUACCCACCGACUUCAACAUAUCCCCCACCCCCGCAAUCCUCACCCUAUCCUCCAAGGCCUUUCCCUGGACUUUAUCCUCCACCACCGUACUGAGAUAGAGCUCCUCCAGUUGUACCAGCAAAAGAGAUAGAGCUCCUCCAGACCCCGAAUGAAGAUGCGGUUGGUACUAAUUGUGUUUAGUCUAAUACUCGUAGUUUGGUGGUUGUCUUACCGCAUGGACAUUUUCUUUCUCCCCGAUGUCGAUAAAGCGCCUAGUGUUUGAACCAGAAUUUUGGUGAGCUAGAUUUGAACUUGUUCGAAUCAUUUGUAUAUGUUGGUGAAUAGGUCGCAAUAAUAAUGUAUGUGUUUUCUGCUGGAUUUGUACUUGUUCAAUAAUCCUGAAGUUAUAAAAGCAAUUGGUACUCUGAA